AUGAAGGACUGCGAGUACCGGCAGAUCCCGCCCGGGGCGGCGGCGGCGACUCCGGGCCCGGGCACAGCCGCCUCGCCGCCCCCGCCGCCCGCCGUCCCCCCGCGGCCGCGGCGGCCCCGCAGGAAGUGGGAGGUGUUCCCGGGCCGCAACCGCUUCUUCUGCGGCGGCCGCCUCAUGCUGGCGCGGCACAGCGGCGUCUUCGUCCUCACCCUCGGCCUCAUCCUGGUCACCAGCGGCCUCUUCUUCGCCUUCGACUGCCCCUUCCUUGCCACUCACCUGACCUUGGCCAUCCCCAUCAUCGCCGCCGUCCUCUUCUUCUUUGUCAUCAGCUGCCUGCUCCAGACAAGCUUCAGAGACCCAGGAAUCCUGCCCAGAGCCACCCCAAGUGAAGCAGCAGACCUGGAAAAACGGAUUGACAGCAUGGGGACCUCCACGUACCGCCCUCCCGCCCGCACCAUGGAGGUGGUGAUCAACAAGUACGUGGUGAAGCUCAAGUACUGCUACACCUGCAAGAUGUUCCGCCCCCCGCGCACCUCCCACUGCAGCGUCUGCGACAACUGCGUCGAGAGAUUCGAUCACCACUGCCCCUGGGUGGGGAACUGCGUGGGGAAGCGCAACUAUCGCUACUUCUACGCCUUCAUCCUCUCCCUCUCCUUCCUGACCGCCUUCAUCUUCGCCUGCGUCGUCACCCACCUCACCCUGCGCUCUCAGAGGGAUGGAUUCCUGGCCACUCUGAAGACGACACCCGCAAGUGUGCUGGAGCUGGUGAUCUGUUUUUUCUCAGUCUGGUCUAUUUUGGGCCUCUCAGGUUUUCACACUUAUUUAGUCGCCUCCAACCUGACGACAAAUGAAGAUAUCAAAGGGUCCUGGUCAAAUAAGAGGGGCUCAGAGUUUGCCAAUCCCUACAGCCAUAAAAGUAUCCUCACAAACUGCUGUGCGGUGCUGUGUGGACCAUUCCAUCCCAGUUUGAUAGACAGAAGAGGAUUUAUCCAGCCAGAUAACGGGACCCCAUCCAGUCCUAAGAGCGAAAUCCCUUCCUUUGGAGCCAAAACUGACACCAGCAUGGAGGAUGCCUGCCAGGACUUUGCCAUUUCCUGCACAGCCUGAUGGGAUUUGCCCCUCCUCGGACCUUAGCCCUGAUUUCUGAGGGUUGGCUGCACCCGGAGCCCUGGCAGCCCGCAGCCCUCCGCCUCCCGUGGCGCAUCCCACGGGAAGCUGAGCCCACAGCCAUGACCACCACCACGAGUGCCUCCGCUCGCCAGGGCUGCGCGGCCGCGCCUCCCUCCCUCCCGCCGCCAGGGAGAGGGGAGGGGAAAAGCGGCCGUGCACAAGGAAAUAAAAAAAAAAAAAGCUUUUCCAACCCCGCUCCGGGAGCCGGGACGGCCCGUCCCGCGGGUUCGGAGCUCAAAGCCAUACAGCCGUCCCACCCGAGUGCAAUAACUGGAGUUCCUGCUGUCUCCUGCCGCCGGUGGCUCCCUGUGACCACCGGCGUGACCCUCAGUGACGGUGUCUCCCCGCUGCAGAUGCUGGAAGGUCGUGGCUGGCACCCCAGCGGGCUUUUGGAAGGAGCAGGUUGGCAGCAGAACGUUUACAGCCCAGCCAGUGGCAUCACACACCCAAAACCCACCAGCCCUUCCGUGUGCCAGAGGAUUCUCCUCUCCAGGCAGGAGUUAGUACGUGGUCAGUUUGCCCUUGCAACCCCCCUGGCUCCCCGUUUCCAGCCUCAUCUUAGCCCAGCUCUAGUUUUAGGGGAAGGAGUUCCAGCCCUGCAGCACCUCGAGCAGCCUCCCCUGCUCCGGCCGGGCUGGGAGCUGAGCGGAGCAGCCAGGCCUGCCCCCAGCCCUGUAGGACUCACCAUCUAUUUAUGCCUUUGACUUUUGUAACAAAAAUAAAAGUUUCUCCUAUUUACUGUA